AUGUCUUCUGCAAAUACUGUUCCGGAGACUCCUCGAGUUAUCUCUCCGUCGCCUUCUCUCUCCGACAGAUCUGACGCACGUGACGGGUAUUUUGCUCCGACGACGAGGUCGGCGUCGCGCCGACAGAAGCUGUCUGAAGUCUCAGAUGAAGGGCCUGAUUCGGGGAGAUCGCACAGCCCACCCGAUACAACGACCUCCCCCUCGCGCAACCGUCGGCCAAAACGUCGGUCAAACCCGAAAAUCCCAGCCUCGCCCCCAGCCGCCAACGGGAACACGCCCAAUGGGUUUCUGUCGCCAAAGCUUCCGGAUGCUUUGCGCGACAUUUCACGAUCGCCCUCACCGCUCGACCUGAUUCCUCUUCACACGCGGUACCGCAGCUUCAUUCACCGCCAUGAAAUCCCUCGGAAGCUCCUGCACGUUUCCAUCGGGUUCCUGACGCUUCACCUCUACAGUCGUGGUGUUCAGACGCUACAAAUCACCCCAGUGCUCUUCUCCGCGCUAGUCCCCAUUGCAGUUACAGACUUCGUGCGCCAUCGCUCGGAGAAAGUCAACAAACUUUACAUUCGUUGUAUGGGGGCGCUCAUGCGCGAGACCGAGGUCUCCGGAUAUAAUGGGGUGAUCUGGUAUCUCCUCGGCGCAUACGUCGUCUUGCGGUUCUUCCCCAAAGACGUUGGUGUCAUGGGUGUGCUUCUUCUGAGCUGGUGUGAUACCGCUGCUUCUACAUUCGGCCGUCUCUAUGGCCGCUACACACCGCGUCUACGGCCGGGCAAGAGCCUGGCUGGGACCAUGGCCGCUUGGUUGGUUGGCGUCGUCACGGCCGCAGCAUUCUGGGGCUGGUUCGUGCCCUAUAUGGGCAGCUUCCCCAGCGACCCGGAAGACGCAUUUAUGUUUACCGGUCGCUUGAACUUGCUUCCGGACUGUGUCCGGGGUCUUUUGGGCUGGGAAGCUGGUGAUGCCAGCUCCACUACAGUCACUGGCCCACUGGCUCUGGGUAUCAUGAGCGUUGUUUCUGGCUUUGUGGCCGCCAGCAGCGAGUUCAUCGACCUGUGGGGUUGGGAUGACAACCUGACGAUCCCUGUUUUGAGCGGACUCGGCCUUUGGGGGUUCCUGAAGGUUUUCGGCUAA